CUUAUUUACCCGGUUGUGCUCAAUAUAAAUACAUAUGCACAAAAUUGCUUACUAAAAAUUAUAUGAAUUUGGACUAUUAAGUGGCUGACCGCACCUAACACAAUUCAACAGUUAUUAGAGUGAAGCGCACGAAUGCGGUGUUGAUAUUGGCGCUCGCCCGAUUAAAAAACGAGGGUUUGCUUUAAUUUUAGUCACGCUGCUUAGGUGAAAUUGAUUGCGCGUAGCCCCACCGUAGACCCACCGUGCAAAAUGCGUCCGUUUUCUGGCAGCGAUUGCAUUAAGCCCGUUACAGAGGGCAUAAACCGUGCCUUUGGUAAUCGCGAGCCUUGGCAGAUCGCAACUAUAACAGCAACAACAGUGCUGGGAACAGUUUGGAUAUGGACAAUUUUCAAUCAGGAUGAAAGUCUCUAUGUGCGCAGUAAGCGGCAAUUCUUUCGACUGGCCAAGAAAAUACCGUCCGUGCGACGGCAAGUAGAAGCCGAGCUGAGCAAGGCGAAAAAAGACUUUGAGGCUGAUAUACAGAAGAACAACAGUCAUUUAAGCUAUUCUCUACAGCUUCCAGAGCAGGGUCUAAGCAAGGAGCAGAUAUUGAGUCUGGUGGACGAUCAUCUGAAUGCGGGACAUUAUAAUUGGCGCGAUGGACACGUCUCCGGUGCCGUUUAUGCCUUCAAGCCUGAGCUAGUCGAAUUGGUUACGGAGGUGUACGGCAAGGCGUCUUACACGAAUCCCCUGCAUGCAGAUCUUUUUCCGGGCAUAUGCAAAAUGGAGGCUGAAGUGGUGCGCAUGGCCUGUACGCUGUUUCAUGGUGACAAGAACAGCUGCGGCACAAUGACCACCGGCGGCACCGAAUCCAUUCUGAUGGCCAUGAAAGCGUAUCGAGAUUAUGCACGCGAGCGCGGCAUUAAUAAGCCUAACAUUGUGGUGCCACGCACAGCGCAUGCGGCCUUCGACAAGGGCGGCCAGUACUUUAACAUACAUGUCCGCUAUGUGGACGUUGAUCCCAAAACCUAUGAAGUGGACAUGCAGAAAUUUACGCGUGCCAUCAACAGCAAUACUAUAUUGCUCGUUGGAUCCGCGCCCAAUUUUCCGUAUGGCACCAUCGAUAACAUCGAGGCUAUUGCUGCUUUGGGUGUCAAGCACGACAUACCCGUACAUGUGGACGCUUGUUUGGGCAGUUUUCUUGUCGCUCUGGUGCGUCAUGCAGGUUACUCGAUUCGCCCAUUCGACUUUGCUGUGCAAGGUGUGACGAGCAUCUCGGCCGAUACGCACAAAUACGGAUUUGCGCCUAAAGGAUCUUCUGUUAUAUUGUACUCAGAGAAAAAAUUCAAAGACCAUCAGUUCACGGUCACCACGGACUGGCCAGGUGGUGUGUAUGGCUCGCCAACCGUAAAUGGAUCGCGCGCAGGCGGCAUCAUUGCCGCUUGCUGGGCCACGAUGAUGAGUUUUGGGUACGAUGGAUAUCUGGAGGCCACCAAGCGCAUUAUGGACACAGCUCGCUACAUAGAACAGGGUGUACGCAAAAUUGAUGGCGUUUUUGUGUUUGGCAAGCCCGCCACCUCAGUAAUUGCUCUUGGUUCCAAUGUUUUUGACAUAUUCCGUCUAUCUGAUUCCCUUUGUAAGCUGGGCUGGAACCUAAACGCGUUGCAGUUUCCAUCAGGCUUACACAUCUGCGUAACGGAUAUGCAUACAGCACCAGGCGUAGCUGAUAAAUUCAUAGACGAUGUGCGCAGUUGUACUGCUGAGAUCUUGAAGGAUCCUGGCCAGCCCGUCGUAGGCAAAAUGGCCUUAUAUGGCAUGGCCCAGAGAGUUCCGGAUCGUUCAGUGAUUGGUGAAGUGACGCGUCUCUUCUUACACUCUAUGUACUACACGCCUGAGCAGUGAUUCGCAUUUCCAAAUUGGUUGCCACCUAAUUCUUUUAGCGAUAUUAUUCAAAGUCGUAAUAUCACGCACUAGCUUUAUGUACUUUUGUUUUUGUCUAGUAACUUAAACUAUAUUGUAAGCUACGAACUUCCUAACACCAUUCAAAUAAAUUACUGUAUAUACGUAUGUGUAUGUUGUCUUUGAAUCCAAUAAUUAACUUCUAAUCUGAAUGUUACUAAAACUUUUAACUCGGUUUUGAGCUACUCGUAUAUUGUAAGAAGUAUAAUGAGUGAAAGCCUAUGUCUGUAAAGUUUUUGUUAAUCAUACAUACACUACUUUAGACUAAAUCUUUAACAAAUGACAAUAUUAAUAAAAACCUUGCCGAAACAUAA